AGUUGCACAAUAUAUCAAAGGUGGACGUCAUUCCAAUCAGAAGACAUUCACCCGCUCACCCGCAAAUUGUAAAAGUUAUGCGUCUAGUCGCUUCGUCUUUCUGGAGGGAAAAAUGGCGUCGGAUGACAGCUCAAAUAUAACUCACGCUUUGACUAAUCUGUUUGAGGAAAUGCUACUGGCCACAGAAGUGGAAAGCGAUAACCGAACUAAUAUUGAUCUGACGCAAUUCCUCUCAGCUUUGAAAGAGCAAUCGACCAAAAACAACAGCUACGAGCCUUUGGAUUUUGGUACACUUGUGAAACUCGUGGAUGGCUGGAGAAGCAAAUUAAACUUGACCAAGUCUACUGAAGUGACGUGCAAUUACUGCGAGGGUAAUUUUCGAGACGUUAUCUUAGCUUACAACAGUAUCCACGGUUAUAUUAGCCUUAUUGUAUGUUUUUUUGGAAGUUUAGCGAACGCGCUCAACGUUGCUGUGUUAACGCGACGGGACUUAGCUGCAGCGCCAAUUAAUAGACUUUUAAAAUGGCUAGCAGUGGCUGACGUUUUUGUUAUGCUAGAAUACGUGCCGUUCGCUGUCUACAGAUAUCUGAUACUGCCUGGACAGAGGGAAAUGCCAUAUAAAUGGGCCGCCUAUCUCCUGUUUCACAUGCACUUCGCUCAAAUAUUCCACACUGCAUCCAUUUGCCUGACUCUAUCCCUCGCUGUGUGGAGAUACGUCGCCAUCAAAUACUCAGACAGAAACCAUAUAUUGUGUACGGAGCGACGCUGUAGCACAGCAAUAUUGAGUAGCUUCAUUAUACCUCCUAUACUUUGCAUUCCCACAUUUAUGGUGUUCGACAUUCACACGACUGUAGUAUUAGAGCCUACUGGCCCAAUGAUAUUGUACUAUGUAGAUUCAGACCACGAAGGUCAACUUUAUCAGAUCAAUUUCUGGGUGCAUGCUGUUCUAAUCAAGCUACUGCCCUGCUGCAUUUUAACUGUCAUCAGCUUAUGGUUAAUACGUGAAGUAUAUAGUGCCAAUCAGCAUCAGAAGAAGGUUCGUGUAUACAACGCGUGUCCUACAAAUAAUAAGACUGUCAAACGUCAAUGCAAAGCUGAUAGAAGAACGAAUAGAACUACUAAGAUGUUAGUGGCAGUACUGCUACUCUUUCUUGUGACGGAGUUACCUCAAGGUAUUCUUGGGUUGCUCAGUGGGUUGCUUGGCCGUUGUUUCUUCAAAAAUUGCUACAAUUUGUUCGGGGAGUUGAUGGAUGCACUAGCACUCUUGAAUGGUGCUAUUAACUUUGUUUUGUAUUGCUCGAUGUCUCGUCAGUUCCGAAUGACGUUUGGUCAGAUGAUGUGGCGGGCACAUUUACACAAGUGGCCACUGCCGACGGCUUCACAUUCCGAUGGACAGAACACGGCCAAGACUUCGGUUCCGUGAGGAAGGUUCGUACAAGAGAAACGAGCGAGUGUUUUGCAGCAGUUCUUGUAAAUACCAUUAAUUAUAGACUACGGUGUAUAGCACUUGUUAUAUUUAUAUAAUGAUUGAAGUUGAACAAAGUCAUUAAAUAUUAAUAUUGUCUUAUAUAACAGAUUAAAUAACAGGUACAGGUUCUACCCACGAGCCCAAAACUAGAUGUAGAUGCUCAUCAUUGUUCAAACCAAAGGAUCAUAUGAAAACAAAACUUACAAUAUAUAAUACUUUAGAAUACCUAAUUGUUUACGUAAUACCUACCAUUGUUAGUAGAUAUAACAUUACUGAAUUUCGAAAUAGUUAUAUUUAAAUACAAUUAUUGCGUUUCAAUACAAU